GUUUUUGGACAAGGCAGCAAUAGAGAGAGAAUCUGACCACAGAAAGGGUUGGGCAAAUCCAUGGAAGCUGUGCACAGUGACCCAAGUGGAAGAGCUGAAAUCCUUAAUCCAUUUGCUCCCAAUCUGGGCUUCCCUGAUAGCCUUUGCAACGGUGUACAGUCAAAUGAGCACAAUGUUCGUGUUACAAGGAAACACAAUGGAUCAACAGGUAGGUCCUCACUUCAAAAUACCCUCUGCAUCCCUCUCCAUCUUUGACACUCUCAGUAUAAUCUUCUGGGCACCAGUCUACGACAGCAUCCUUGUGCCCAUUGUAAGAAAGUUCACUGGCCACCGACAAGGCUUCACACAGCUCCAACGCGUAGGCAUAGGCCUUGUCAUCUCCAUCAUCUCCAUGAUCGUUGCUGGCAUUCUAGAGGUUGUUCGCCUCCACAUGGUCAGAAAAAACAACCUCUACGACGCUGAAACCGUUCCUAUCUCAAUCUUCUACCAAGUGCCUCAGUACUUUCUCGUAGGAGCUGCGGAAGUUUUCACCAACAUUGGUCAAAUGGAAUUCUUUUAUGGACAGGCACCUGAUGCUAUGAGAAGCUUGUGUUCAGCUCUUCAACUCACCACUAAUGCAUUGGGAAACUAUGUAAGCACUUUGAUUCUUUUAAUUGUGACAAAAAUCACCACAAGCAAUGGAAGCAUUGGUUGGGUCCCAGACAAUCUCAAUAGGGGUCAUCUUGAUUACUACUUUUGGCUUCUGUCUGUUCUCAGCCUGAUCAACUUUCUUGUAUAUCUCUGGCUUGCUAAGAGGUACACAUACAAAAAGGGUACAUGAAAUGCUCGUUAAUUUGGCACACUGUUGUAUAAUUCUGUAGAUAUUGCUCUUCUAUCCACUUGUACAUUGACGUUAGCAUCUUCCUUCUAGACGCUAAAUUGUAUUUGUAUAAUUCUAUUUGU